AUGGCGGUCAGUGUCGUGAGAUACAUACUCUUCGUCCUCCUGGCUCUACUUUUGAAACACGGUGCAAGUGCGGAGACCAAAACGUUUAGGGAUCUCUUCAACAGUACGUCCUGCGCAAAGCCGCCGUUCGAGUGUCCACACCCACAAAUUGAAUUUUAUUUAUACACAAGAGACACACAAAAGAAACCUUUUCGCUUAGACGUUCGAAGAUUCGAAUCCCUUCAUUAUUCCAGAUUUAACAGAUCGCAUCCCACGAAAAUUAUUAUUCAUGGUUUCGGCGGAGGGAGGAACUUAAUACCUAGUCCAGAUCUUCGGAAAGCGUAUUUCACGCGAGGCUAUUACAAUAUUAUAAUCGUCGAUUAUGGUACCUUGGUACGUGAGCCGUGUCUAUCGCAGAUACAGUGGGGUCCGGAUUUCUGUGCUCGAUGUGUUGCUCAAUUGGUAAGGUACUUGAGGGAUCAUCCUCGCGGUACGAGGGUGGAGAAUAUACACGUGCUUGGAUACAGCGUCGGUGCGCAUAUAGGUGGCCUCAUCGCGAAUUAUUUGCCCGAUGACAAACUUGGAAGAAUUACAGGGCUCGAUCCGACUAUAUUUUUUUACAUGAACGGAAAUCGGUCGAUGGAUUUGGACGAAACGGAUGCGCAUUUCGUCGACGUGAUUCACACAGGUGCCGGUAUUUUGGGUCAAUGGGGGCCGACUGGACACGCGGAUUUCUACGUGAACGGUGGUUCCAGUCAGCCCGGUUGCGCAACUACUUCUUUGCUCCAGACGUUGUCGUGCGAUCACACAAAGGUUACGCCGUAUUACAUAGAAUCGAUUACGACAAAAGUAGGAUUCUGGGCGGCUCCAUGCGGAAACCUUUUUUCCUACCUGAUCGGAUGGUGCAAACCCCAACUGGAGGAAUAUAUUCUGAUGGGAGAAGACGCGCCUCAUACAGCUCGAGGCAUUUAUUAUCUGUCAACAAACGCACACAAACCAUACGCCCUCGGUCUUCCCGGAAAAAGCCAACGUCCGACAAAUCGGAAGCGAUCGUCCUACCGCCAGUAUUGAGCUUACUGAAGCAAGUAAUCA